AUUGCUUGUUUAGAAAAUAUUUUUUGUAGAAGGAUUUUCUGGUUUGGAGAUCUAAAUUACCGCAUCAACUUGCCAUAUGAAAGAGCACAUGAACUGAUUUCAGCCAAGAAGUUACCAGAGUUGUUUGCGAAAGAUCAACUAAAGCAGGAGCUUAAAAUUGGUGGCACAUUUGAUGGUUGGAAAGAAGGCAUAAUAGAUUUCCCUCCAACCUACAAAUUUGAAUACAAUUCAGCAAAAUAUGUCAAAGAUGAUUCAAAGAGUGGAAGGAGAACUCCUGCAUGGUGUGAUCGAAUUCUUACAUUUGGAAAUGGAAUGAAACUUUUGAGCUAUAAGAGAAGCGAGCUUAAGGUAUCAGAUCAUCGUCCAGUUACUGCAACAUUCUUGGUUGAGGUUGAGGUCUUCAGCCACAGGAAGCUUCAAAGAGCUCUGACAUUAACAGAUGCAGAGGUAGAUGAGGGAAAAAUCAUUGAGGAUAUAGAUGUUGCAGUCGGUAUGGGACGUCUUAUGCUUUGAUAGGUUAGUUGCUUGUUAAACCAUAAUAUCAUUUGAA